AUGGAUCCCUUUGCCUCGACAAUUUCAUGUCUGUCAGAAAAACUGCGUCUAAACCAACAACCUGAUAAUGAAGUUAUUGAGAGGCUAUUUUCAGAAAUUUCCAACACUCAAAAUCUCCCUAAGAACAACGACCCACAGCUGGAAGAGUGUGCCGUUCAGCUGUGGAACUGGGCAGUUACCAAAAAUGUGGGAAACAACAUCAGCAAAUAUCAAAAAGCUAAAGUGCGUCAUGUAGCGUGUUCUCUUCUGUACUGCUGUGAGCCAGAAAUACCAGCAGAGGGCGCUCUACGCAAACAGAUAUUGAUGGCGAGUAAGACUGGGAGGACCUGGCUGGACUGCAGAAACCCUCAGAUGGCAGACAGCUUCCUAACACUGGCUGUAAAGAGCCUGGAGAUAUUGUAUGGUCAACUUGUAUCUCGAGGAGGUGGAGAUGCCAACAUUAACUCAUCCAAGGGCGAUGUGGAGAAGGAUUUGCUCCGCGUUCUGUCGUACCAGGCAGAGUCUGCAAUAUUUCAAGGUAAUAAUUAUGAGGCUGUGGCGUAUAUGAAGAGGUGCAAAGAAAUGCUUUCACGGCUCCCUAAAGAGACUGAAUAUCUGUCUCUAAUGUGCUAUAACUUUGGAGUUGAUAUGUACCAUUUGAAAAAAUACGAGGAAAGCUCUUUUUGGUUAAGCCAGAGCUUUGACAUUGGGAAAAUGAAUGCAGCUUACUCUCCCGGAGCAGACGUCCAGGCUAAGAUUUUGAGACUUCUUGCUACUGUCUUUCUGGAAUGGGACUGUCAAAAAUUUAAGGAUAAAGCUCUGAACGCCGUGUCUUUGGCCAACAAGGAAAGUGCCAGUGCGCCCGGUCUGUACUUAAAAAUCAGAAUACUCCAGAGAUCUGGCGCCUCCGAGGACCACCUCAGAGCCGGACUGGAUGAGAUGCUGCAAUCAGAGGUCUCCCUUGAUGUGUGUUUGGGCACCGUCAGAUUAAUAUUGACAGAUAACAGGGAGACACUGGCCUUUGAGUUUUUAAGGCAAGUUUGCCAGCAUUUCGAGUCGUCCUCGGAACAGGGCAGGGCUCUGGUUUUCCACAUAGAGUUACUUCUGCAGAGGGGCAAAGAGCUACUGGCCAAACAGAAGAUUGAGGAUAUCAUCACUCGUCACUACACGAGCAAACAGCUGACACCUCAAGUCGUUUCUACUUUGCAUGUUUUGUUAUGGGAUAAAGCUGCCAAACAUUUUGAGUCUCAGAACUUUCCUGAAGCUUUGCAAUGGUACAACUACUCCCUAAGUUUCUUCAAAUCAGGCCAGAUGGAUGCCAACCUUGCUAAACUGCAAAGAAACAGAGCUUCCUGUUUCUUGCACUUGAAGCAGCUAGAAAAGGCUACAGAGGCGGUAGCAGAAGCAGAAAGGUGUGAUCCAGACAGCAUUUUCACUCACUUCAGCGUUUAUAAGAUUGCUGUACUGGAAAAUAAUGUUGAGAAAGCUUCCCAGGCUAUAAAUGCCAUUGGACGUCUCUCUAAGAAUCCAUUGACCACGGGGGACAAGGUUCUGGUCUCGGACAAUGCUCUGUCGUUGCUCCUCAGUCUCGCGGCUCAGAUCGCUUUAGAGAACGGGCAACAAGACACCGCAAUGAAAGCUCUGGAGAGUUUGUGUGAGAACUCUGCAGAUGAUAUGCAGGCUGUGACAGCGCUCAGGUGUUUGAUUCGACUGGUGCUUUCCAAAGUACAUAUGUCCUGCAAUGAGUUGAGAGGCCUCGAACUGGACGUUUUGCUUCCAUAUUUAAAAAUGGGCCUUCAGAAACUUUCACAUCAGUCAAACAUGUCCACAGAGAAGAGGACUGAAGAGGCCAACUGGUUCAGAAAGAUUGCCUGGAACUCCGCUCUGCAGUGUGAGGCCAGUCCUGAUCGGAUGAGGGAUUUCUUUCUGCUCUCCUAUCAGCUGUCCCAGCUGUGCCCUCCAGAUCGCACUGUUCUCAUGGCUCAGAAGACUUGUCUGCUCAUGGCAGCUGCUGCCUCUUUAGAGAUCUGCAGAAAGACUACAGACUUUACCCAGACUGAAGAGCUCACCCAGGUUUUAGAACAUAUUCAGAUCUGUGCAGAGGUCUGGAAAACACUAAAGACAUCCGGAGUCUAUCCAAUGGACCCCACUGACACUUUGCUGCUGUUAUACGAAUUUGAGGCUCGAGCAAAACUCAAUGACCCUAAAAUUGAGACAGUUUUAGAGUCAGUUCUGGAGCUAGAAAACCUUGAGACCAAAGUGCUGGAAACAGUUGCAGCUUUGGCCAUGGAGAGUCCUGCCCACUUUCCAAUGCUGUGUAAAAAGGCUUUGCGGGUUGCUCUUUCUCUGCACAAGAAACAACAACAGAUCGACCUACCUCGUUUCAGUAAGUGUCUUCACAGCUUGAUAAAGCUGUCUUUACCAAACGGUGUCUCAGAUGUGGAGGCCCAUGUUCUGGAGGAGGUGUGGGACUACUAUGAAGAGGCUCUGUCCAUCAUUGCAGCUGCACCGGAUGACUUUCCCGAAAUGGAGAUCCUGUGGCUUCUAACUCGCGCCUGGAACACCGGUGUCCUGCUGUUCAGUCUGACUCGGUAUCCAGAGGCCGAGAAGUGGUGUGGCCUUGCCAUGAGAUUUGUGUGCCACCUGCGAUCACUGCGGGAGAGCUACCAGGCACAGAUGUCUGGUCUAUACACUGAAAUCCUGGACAAACUGGACAGAGCAAAGAAGAACAUCAUUAUAGAUUAG